AUGCAAAGAGAUUAAAAGAAAUUCAAUUAACUAAUGAUGAAUGGGAUUUAAUAAGAGAUCUUGUUAAUAUCUUAGGACUGUUCUUUGAAACUACAGAGAAGCUUGGUGGUUCUGAAUAUAUUACAAUUUCUUAUAUACUUCUAUCUAUUUGGAGAUUAAUGAGAAGUCUAACUAUUUCUGAAAGUUAUACUGAUGAUGAAUUAAAUGAAGUAAAUUUUGAAACAGAUGACCUAGACUUAUCUGAUAGUGAUACGUUUCUUGUUUGCCUCCUUGAUCUGAGAUGUAAAAAAUUAAAGUUUGCAGCACCAACUCAGAGAUACCAAGCUAAGACUGCUCUUUGCAAUAAAUAUAAUGAGAUUAAAUCUCUUCAUAAAGCCUCAACAUCAUCUAAUAAAUCUUUUAGCUCUCGUGAAGAUCAAGACAAACAAGAAGAGCAAUAUCAAAUUUAUCAAAAAUCAUUUUUUAGGAUAGUUUUUAUGCAAGAUACUUCUGAAGAGUUAAAUGAUGAGCUUGAUAAUUACCUUUCUUUACCUGAAAUCUAUUUUAAAUCUGACCCUUUUAACUAG